CGCGCCGCCGCUGUCCGACCCGGCUCCUGCUGACUGCGGCUCCCGCUCCUCCUACUUCUCCUCCGCCGCCGCGCCCACGCCCCGGCUCGGCGCUGGGUCCUGAGGAAAUUUGAAUAUAACUUUGGAAGAAGACUUCUUUCUCAAUAUUUGAACUACAUAUAACAAGGCCAUCAGAAUGUCAGGAGCCUCAGUGAAGGUGGCUGUUCGGGUCAGGCCCUUCAAUUCCCGAGAGACCAGCAAGGAAUCCAAAUGUAUCAUUCAGAUGCAAGGCAACUCAACCAGUAUUGUCAACCCAAAGAACCCAAAGGAAGCGCCAAAGUCCUUCAGCUUUGACUACUCCUACUGGUCUCACACCUCGCCUGAAGAUCCCUGUUUUGCAUCUCAGAACCGGGUGUACAAUGACAUUGGAAAGGAAAUGCUCUUGCAUGCCUUUGAAGGCUACAAUGUUUGUAUUUUUGCCUAUGGACAGACAGGUGCUGGAAAAUCCUAUACGAUGAUGGGCAAACAAGAAGAAAGCCAGGCAGGCAUCAUCCCACAGUUAUGUGAGGAACUCUUUGAGAAAAUCAAUGAUAACAGUAAUGAGGAAAUGUCUUACUCUGUGGAGGUGAGUUACAUGGAAAUUUACUGUGAGAGGGUACGGGAUUUGCUGAAUCCAAAAAACAAGGGUAAUUUGAGAGUCCGAGAGCAUCCUCUUCUUGGCCCUUAUGUGGAAGACUUGUCUAAGCUGGCAGUUACUUCUUAUACAGACAUUGCAGACCUCAUGGAUGCUGGGAACAAAGCCAGGACAGUGGCAGCUACCAACAUGAAUGAGACCAGUAGCCGUUCCCAUGCUGUAUUCACCAUUGUUUUUACUCAGAAGAAACAUGAUUCUGAAACUGACCUCUCAACAGAGAAGGUCAGCAAGAUCAGUUUGGUGGAUCUGGCUGGGAGUGAAAGAGCUGACUCAACUGGUGCCAAAGGGACUCGAUUAAAGGAAGGAGCAAAUAUCAAUAAAUCUCUUACAACUCUGGGCAAAGUCAUUUCAGCCUUGGCAGAAGUGAGUAAAAAGAAGAAAAAAACAGAUUUCAUUCCAUAUAGAGAUUCUGUUCUGACUUGGCUCCUUCGAGAGAAUCUAGGUGGGAACUCUCGCACUGCUAUGGUUGCUGCCCUUAGCCCAGCAGAUAUCAACUAUGAUGAAACUCUGAGCACUUUAAGAUAUGCAGAUCGUGCAAAACAAAUUAAAUGCAAUGCUGUCAUCAAUGAGGAUCCCAAUGCCAAGCUUGUUCGUGAACUUAAGGAGGAGGUCACAAGAUUGAAAGACCUCCUACGUGCUCAAGGGCUGGGAGAUAUCAUUGAUACAUCCAUGGGGUCCCUUACAUCAUCUCCAUCUUCCUGCUCACUAAAUAGUCAGGUGGGCUUAACAUCUGUGACCAGUAUUCAGGAGAGGAUCAUGUCUACUCCUGGAGGAGAAGAGGCCAUUGAACGUCUUAAGGAAUCUGAGAAGAUCAUUGCUGAGUUGAAUGAGACAUGGGAAGAGAAGCUUCGUAAAACAGAGGCCAUCAGGAUGGAGAGAGAGGCCUUAUUAGCUGAAAUGGGAGUUGCCAUUCGGGAAGAUGGAGGAACUCUGGGUGUCUUUUCACCGAAAAAGACACCACAUCUUGUUAACCUCAAUGAAGAUCCACUCAUGUCUGAAUGCUUGCUUUACUACAUCAAAGAUGGCAUUACACGGGUUGGCCAAGCAGAUGCUGAACGGCGCCAAGACAUAGUGCUUAGUGGGGCUCACAUUAAAGAAGAGCACUGCAUCUUCCGGAGUGAGAGGAAUCAGAAUGGCGAAGUUAUUGUGACUUUAGAACCUUGUGAGCGCUCUGAGACUUAUGUGAAUGGCAAGAGGGUUGUACAGCAUGUACAGCUACGCUCAGGAAAUCGCAUCAUCAUGGGUAAAAAUCACGUUUUUCGUUUCAACCAUCCGGAGCAAGCACGGGCUGAGCGUGAAAAGACUCCAUCAGCUGAGACACCUUCUGAACCAGUCGACUGGACAUUUGCCCAGAGAGAGCUUCUAGAGAAACAAGGCAUUGAUAUGAAACAGGAGAUGGAAAAAAGGCUGCAGGAAAUGGAAAUCUUGUAUAAGAAAGAGAAAGAAGAAGCUGACCUCUUACUGGAGCAGCAGAGACUGGAUUAUGAAAGUAAAUUGCAGGCCCUACAGAAGCAGGUUGAGACCCGCUCGCUUACUGCUGAAACCACUGAGGAGGAAGAGGAAGAAGAAGAAGUACCCUGGACACAACACGAAUUUGAGCUGGCACAGUGGGCAUUCCGGAAAUGGAAAUUUCAUCAGUUUACCUCAUUAAGAGAUCUGCUCUGGGGAAAUGCAGUUUACCUGAAAGAAGCCAAUGCUAUCAGCGUAGAGUUGAAGAAGAAGGUACAGUUUCAGUUUGUUCUGCUGACUGACACACUCUACUCCCCUUUGCCGCCUGAGCUGCUGCCCCCUGAGAUGGAGAAAACUCAGGAUGAUAGACCUUUCCCUCGUACAGUUGUGGCUGUGGAAGUACAGGAUCUGAAAAAUGGAGCAACACAUUACUGGUCUUUGGAAAAACUCAGACAAAGGCUGGAACUGAUGCGAGAGAUGUAUGACAGGGCUGGAGAAAUGGCUUCCAAUGCCCAGGACGAUGGAGAGGCAGCAAUGACUGGCAGUGACCCAUUUUAUGAUCGGUUCCAUUGGUUCAAACUGGUAGGAAGGGCAUUUGUAUACCUGAGUAACCUGUUGUACCCAGUACCCCUGAUUCAUAGAGUGGCUGUUGUCAGUGAGAAGGGCGAAGUUCGGGGAUUUCUGCGUGUGGCAGUACAGGCUAUUGCAGCUGAUGAAGAAGCUCCUGAUUAUGGCUCUGGAAUUCGGCAGUCAGGAACAGCUAAAAUAUCUUUUGAUAAUGAAUAUUUUAAUCAGAGUGAUUUUUCUUCGGUUGCAAUGACCCGCUCUGGAUUGUCCCUUGAGGAGCUAAGGAUUGUGGAAGGACAGGGUCAGAGUUCUGACAUCAUUACUCCUCCAGAAGAAAUCAUUCGAGGGAAUGAACCAGAUUUAAAGUCAGGCACUUUGCUGGAUGGGAAAAUGGUGAUGGAAGGGUUUCCAGAAGAGGUUGGAGACCAUCUGAAACUGGGCAGUGCUUUCACUUUCCGUGUGACGGUAUUGCAGGCCAGCGGUAUCCUCCCGGAGUAUGCCGAUAUCUUCUGCCAAUUCAACUUCUUACAUCGUCAUGAUGAAGCAUUCUCUACUGAACCCCUAAAAAACAAUGGCAGGGGAAGUCCUCUCGGCUUUUAUCACGUCCAGAAUAUUGCAGUGGAGGUAACUGAAUCCUUUGUGGACUACAUCAAGACCAAGCCUAUAGUAUUUGAGGUUUUUGGACAUUACCAGCAACACCCUCUUCAUGUUCAGGGACAGGAGCUUCACAGUCCUCCUCAGCCAUCCCGGCGAUUCUUCCCUCCACCCAUGCCACUCUCCAAACCAGUGCCAGCAACAAAGUUGAACACCAUGAGCAAAACCAGCUUGGGCCAGAGUAUGAGCAAAUACGACCUUCUUGUUUGGUUUGAGAUCAGUGAACUGGAACCUACAGGAGAGUAUAUCCCAGCCGUAGUUGAUCACACUGCUGGCCUUCCCUGUCAAGGAACAUUUCUGCUUCACCAGGGCAUCCAGCGUAGGAUCACAGUGACCAUUAUCCACGAGAAGGGCAGUGAGCUACACUGGAAGGAUGUUCGAGAGCUGGUGGUGGGUCGAAUCAGGAGCAAAGCAGAGGUGGAUGAAGCUGCAGUGGAUGCUAUUCUCUCUCUGAACAUUAUCUCUGCCAAGUACCUGAAGUCUUCCCACAACUCUAGCAGGACCUUCUAUCGUUUUGAGGCUGUGUGGGACAGCUCUUUGCAUAACUCCCUCCUGCUGAACAGAGUGACACCCUAUGGAGAGAAGAUUUACAUGACCCUGUCUGCAUACCUGGAGCUUGACCAUUGCAUUCAACCAGCUGUGAUCACUAAGGAUGUUUGUAUGGUCUUCUAUUCAAGAGAUGCCAAGAUCUCACCACCACGUUCUCUUCGAAGCCUGUUUGGGAGUGGUUACUCCAAGUCCCCAGACUCAAACCGUGUAACUGGAAUUUAUGAACUCAGUUUGUGCAAAAUGGCAGACACAGGCAGUCCUGGUAUGCAAAGGAGGAGAAGAAAAGUUCUGGACACAUCUGUGGCAUAUGUUCGUGGAGAAGAGAACCUCGCAGGCUGGAGGCCGAGAGGAGACAGCCUUAUUCUUGAGCAUCAGUGGGAACUGGAGAAACUAGAGCUUCUACAUGAGGUAGAGAAGACUCGUCACUUCCUGCUGCUCCGCGAGAAGCUUGGUGAUAGCAUCCCCAAGUCCCUGAGUGAUUCACUGUCUCCCAGCCUCAGCAGUGGGACCCUGAGCACCUCCACCAGCAUCUCUUCUCAGAUCUCCACCACCACCUUGGAGAGUGCAGUCACGCCGAGUGAGAGCAGUGGUUAUGACUCAGCUGACAUCGAGAGUCUGGUGGAUCGGGAGAAAGAGCUGGCUACCAAGUGCCUGCAACUUCUCACCCACACUUUCAAUCGAGAAUUUAACCAGGUGCACAGUAGCAUCAGUGAUUGUAAGUUGUCUGAUAUUUCUCCAAUUGGGCGAGAUCCGUCAGUGUCCAGUUUCAGCAGUGCCACCCUCACCCCGUCAUCUACCUGCCCCUCUCUGGUAGAGUCAAGGUGCAGCUCAGUGGACCAGAAGACCCCAGAAGUUAACUCUCGGGCCUCCAGUCCCUGCUCAGAGUUUGAACAGUUCCAGUUAGUCCCAACAGUGGAGACUCCUUACUUGGCUCGAGCUGGGAAAAAUGAAUUCCUCAACCUCGUUCCAGAUAUUGAAGAAAUUAGACCUGGCUCAGUGGUAUCUAAGAAGGGGUACCUCCAUUUUAAGGAACCAUAUUCCAGCAAUUGGGCUAAACAUUUUGUAGUGGUACGACGUCCGUAUGCAUUCAUCUACAACAGUGACAAAGAUCCAGUAGAACGAGGAAUCAUCAACUUAUCUACAGCCCAGGUGGAAUACAGUGAGGACCAGCAGGCCAUGGUGAAGACAUCCAAUACUUUUGCUGUGUUCACAAAGCACCGUGGCAUCCUUCUGCAAGCUAUCAAUGAUAAAGACAUGAAUGACUGGUUAUAUGCCUUUAACCCACUCCUUGCUGGUACGAUACGGUCAAAACUCUCUCGCAGACGCACAGGUCCAUUGAAGUACUGAGCAGAUGCUGCGGAGCCCCCUCCCCCACCUUCAGACAGAGACAAAGGGUCACCACUCAUUCUUGUUGUGCUUUUGAUGGUUCUCCUUGUUCGUGCUCCUGUGGCUUAACGACCGCUCCUUCCCCAGCGGUCUUCUGGCCUUCUUAUUCCCCAACCCUUCUUGCUCUGUCCUCUUUUCAUUUCUCUUCUGCUGAGAAUACUACUUGUAGCAUGUGGUCAAACAAAAGGAAAAGUGGAAAAAAGAGGGGAUCCAAUGAACCUCCAAAUUAUUUUUGUUGGGGUGAGGGUGUUCAUUUUGGAUUAUUGAUUAGCAUUUCUGAUCACCUUUGGUGUCUGUACUGCUGUCUUUGUCUGUCUUUGGAAACUGCUCAUGACUUUUCUUCCCCUUUCCCGAUUUCCAGUGAGGUCACUGCAGUUUUUCCCCAGUGACCUUGAACCUACGGGAAGGGGAAGGGAUCCAGCCCUUUAUAACUUGGAUAAGGGGCCUUACCCUGCCAAAAACCACAGUUCAAUUGCUUCUCUGUCUUGUUUUUCUUCCUUUUCUGGCUCUGGUUUAUCUUUAAGUUUCUUUCCAGACAAAACGACUGUAAUGAGAAUUGGACACUUCAGCUCUUUCUGAGAAUUAAUUGGAGCUCACCUAGAAUGAGAUUCUGUAAUAGUUUAGUUGAAGGUUGGAGGUGUUGGGGAGAAAAUUAUUUUCAGUAAGCUUGAAGCAGUGGCUUUCUCUGUUAAAGGAAGGUGGCUCUACUGUUGGCAUCAGGUAAGGAUUGUGAUAUGUCAGCUUGCAUGUCACUAUGCCAUUACGGUCCAAACCAUUUGGGGUGAAAAGAGGUAGACAAGAGUUCUACCAAGUCAUCACUCCCUCUAGGUCCCAUGCAGCUAGAAAAAUACAAUCCCUGUGGGCCAUAGGAUUAGGAAGGAAAGUGGAUUCACUGGAACUUGAAGCUUAUCUCCUUAGCACUAGUAAUGUUACUGGGGUUGCCCUUUGGAAUCCAUGUAUUCAAGUAUGAGAAUUAGCCAGAAGGGGUUAAUGUUUCAUUUGUGAUGAAUAAUAAUAAUAAUAUUAAUAUCAUUGUUGUUAAUUGAUGAAGUCAUAAUUGACCCAAGAAAACUUAUCAACAAGGGUGGUAAUCAAAAGUUCCCUACCUUUGGUCCCACUGGCCUUCAUCCAAGAGGAGGAAGUAUAUUCCCUCUGUAUCCAUAUAUACUUCUAGCUUUGUUUUGCAGGUCCCUGAGUUGAGAUGGCCAAACAAAAUCUCCUCUGCGGGUGGGCGCGCGCGCGCGUGUGUGUGUGUAUGUGUGUGUGUGUGUGUGUGUGUGUGUGAAUAAAGGCAUACAAAGAAAGAGAAAACAGUGUAUGCCUGACCUUGUGAGUUUGGUGUCAGAAUUUUUCCUUCCCUUGGAAAGAAGCUGUUUCUUCUUAUGCAUUCUCUUGUCCCUCCUGCUCUCUGUCUUUCUUCCCUAGAGAGUUAGGGGAUCCCCUUAGAACAGAAAAGAAGGGGCUUCCUCCUGAGAAAGGAGGAGGCUGCUACUGUGUGAGGGCAUCCUCACCGCUAGGCAACUUCAUCUGCUUCAGAGGACAGUCCCUGGAAGGCCAGUGCGAUGCUCUGAUCAAAUGUUGCCCAUUAUCCUAUCUGUUCUUUCAUCGGCCAUUGAGUUUUACAGAAAUGGCAGAAGAGAGCAAAGGUCUCCAGGUUACCUCAGUUAAUUUAUUAGAUGACUGGAGAGUCUUCUGCCACCCUCUCCUUCCUUCCAAAGUAGCACUGGUCUCCACCAUAAGCGUGCUUGAAGGCCAUACACUGAGACCUCAGCCUUGAGGUUCAUGGCACUGCCCAGCAGGGCACAGAUAGGUGAUUGUCAUGGCAGCCAGCAUUAAUUGCCAUCUCUGCAGAGCCGUUCAUCCCACAGUUAGGUCUCAUCCCUUCAGCACUCGGUUCCCUGCUUCAUCCGCUAGAGCUGCCCUGCAGUUAAGAGAAUGAGCAAGUCGGAGAGCUUAGUGCAAGAGGAACAGGAGGGCAGAGAUUGUAACAUGGUAUGCCCUGUCUUUCUACCUUAACUGGAAAGAGCUGAAACCCUUUAUCAUGGCUUCUUUCUGCUUCCCCAUCUCAUUUGUUUUAUUAGCUGUUUGUGGGACUUUUACUGUACUCAGAUGUUUCUUUGUUAUCUCUGUGAUGGACACAGCAUGCAGUCCUGGAUCCGCUCAUGCUGUGGACGGCUUCCUGGGUCGAAGUUCAUCUGGCUUACUAAUGAAUGAAGAACAAAGUGGAAAUUCACUUAGGCCUUUCGUGAUAAGACUGAGGCUGUUGUGAUGCCUAACUCAAGAGGACAUAUCUGUCACAGGUGUGGGUGGAAAGGCUGAGAGGCAGUGAAAUCAUGUGGCACACUCAAGUGACUUGGGUUUAGUUUUGGUUUAUUUUGUUUUUGGUUUGUUUUAUUUUUUUAAGUAGAAAACUCUAGUUGGGAAAGUCUUUGCCUUGGGUAAGUCAGAUGAGUUAACUGAAUUACACAUCUACACUGAUCUAUACCAAUCACAGCUGAGACCUAUGUUUGAAAGCAAGGGGAACAGCGCCAUCCUGUGGUGGGGACCAGGACAGGUGCGUAGCUUCUUUUCCCUAUUGAAACUACUUUGGCCCUCCCACCUGGCUGUCAGGCACAGCUUCUGUGUCUCCUUUUCUACAAGGGACCCAUUUUAUGUCUGGAGACUUGGACUUGAAGAACUAGGCUGGCACCACUCCUAGGUCCUCAGGAAGUGGGUCUAGUGGCAGCGAUUGCCAUAUGAUGUUUUGAGUAGAGAAAUCCAACUGCAGUCACAGAGGUGGAAAUAUAAAGGGAUUUUAAGUUACUUGUUGUUCAGAUUUUCAUAAGGCGAUCCAGAUUAACCUUAGAUCCUUUAAAAAAAACACCCUGAGAAUUAAAAGGGAAUAUGUGAUGGUUAAAAACCAGUCACUGUUUCCUCUCCUUUCCUUGUCCUCUCUUACCUGCUCAUACCUCCUUCCCCUUAAAAAAGCAACAGCUGGUGUUCAGAAAUGCUACCUGAUUCUGUGCAGCCUGCUUGGGAGUCAGCCAGCUCUCAGGUCAGGGACCAGGCCAGGGGCCAGCCAACCCACUGACUGUGGCCACCAGCACAGAGUAGGUAACUAGGUCUGAACACUCGUCUUCAAUAAUGACCUGGAAUUCCUAAAUUGGAUUUUUUAAAAUUAUCGAAUUAUAUAAGAAAUGAUUAUCCCUUAACCAAGAAACACCACAUGACAUUUGUGGCUUUUCUGCAGCUACAUAAAAUUUAUGAACCACUUAACACUUUACUUUUUUUUCUAUCCCAAGAUAAAGGAGAGGGAAAUAAAAUCAUUGUAAAAGGUCUUUUUCAGACCAAAAAAAAGUUACUUUCCUGGCACAUAUUUCAAAGCAAAGACUUUGCUGCCUGCUGCUUAUUAUCUAAUUUACAGGGAUAUUUAACUUUGUUUUGUAAUGUAUUGUAUAUUUACACAUCUGUAAUUAAUUGCACAUUAGACUGGAAAAAAAGGAUUAUCCAGAGGUUAGCACUGAUUGGUGUUCUGCGUUUGACUCCUACUGCCUGGCUACCACUCUAUUUCUAUUGUACAGCAUCAAUUCUUCCAUUCUUGUGGGCCUUUGUCUUUUCUUUUAGUUUUGUUCUCUUUUUAAAGGCCAGUUGUUAACCUGCUUCUUAAAAAGAGACUAAUGCUGCUGUUCUUGGAAGGUUUGCUGAAUGAAUGUAUUUGAAAUAGGACUCUAACUUGUGUGCAUUGCAUCUGUCCACUGUGGCUACUAAUUAAUUACCCAAUGUUCCAAGUCGUUACUGUAUGUACUGGGAAUGUAUUAACUUUGUGCUUCCUUGUUAAACAGAAACAUCAGCUGUUCAAUAAAGAGAGAGUUUUGUUGUUCAAAAGGCCAUUUAUGGAAUUUUGGUCCAAGUCCCAUAAGAAAUUUAGGAAAACUGGCAGUUAUUUAAGAAAAAGAAAACUUCUGUAACUGACACUAAGUUUCUCUCCAAAACCUACAGCCAAACAGCUGUGCUCAAAUGGAAAGCUAGAGUAAUGUUGGUGUUUCGCCACACCCUUGCUGCCAUGUUGUUUUCUCACGUCUGGCAUCAGUUGACCUAACUGGUUCCAUCAACACUCAUGUGUUUUGUGUAUUUUAGAUGUUGUUGCUAAAAAUGCUGUUACCCUUGAACCCAUCUCCCAUUGCCAUCCUCUCAACCCAACAACAAAAACCAUAAAGCAUAAGUGGCCUUCUUGAACCAAUACUUUGUAAACUGAUCUCUCCCCAGUGAAGGAAUCAAGCACAUUAGCAAUGAUGUACAUUAUUAAUUUCAGAUUUUCAUUUCAUGUUUUAUUUUGUAAAUAUAUCUGACGUUUGGAGCUUCAGUAUCCAAAAUGUAAAUAUAGUUCAUGUAUUUGUACUAAUUCUGAUUCAUUUGCUGGAUAGCCUUAGAUGUGCAAUGCAGACAUUAAAUAACUGUGUAUGGUAACCUUGCACCAUGGAACUGUUAGUGAACGAGGUAAAAUAAUAAAGGUACAACCAGUGCA